UCGCCGCCUCGCCGCCCGCUGUCAGCGCAGCCCCGGCCGCGGCGCCCCGCCUCGGACGCGGCCCAUGCCCGCCGGGCCGCCGGCCCUCGCAGCCAGGCAGCGCGCCAGCGGCCUCGCCGCGGGGCGGAGGGCAGGCCCGGACCCCCAGCAGGAUAGGAAGCUUGAGAAAAGAAUUCACACUGGAUGAAAAUAAUUUUCUGAAGCUGGGUAUAUUCCAGGAACUGUAACCCAAAUGUUUCUCUGUCUGUGGAAAAGAUUUCACGUUUGAAAUAACUUCUACUGAAGCUAGUUGUGUCCCAUCAACAUGUUCUGGAAGUUUGAUUUGAACACAACAUCACAUGUGGACAAGCUGCUGGAUAAAGAAGAUGUGACACUUCACGAGCUGAUGGAUGAAGAUGACAUCUUACAGGAGUGCAAGGCUCAGAACCGCAAGCUGCUGGACUUUCUUUGCCAGCAGCACUGCAUGGAGGAGCUGGUCAACCUCAUCACACAUGAGCCCCCUGUGGAUAUGGAUGAGAAGGUCCGCUUCAAAUAUCCAAACACAGCCUGUGAACUGCUGACCUCGGAUGUGCCGCAGAUCAAUGACAAGCUAGGAGGGGAUGAAACUCUGCUGAAUAUCCUCUAUGACUUCUUGGAUCACGAGCCUCCUUUGAACCCUUUGCUUGCCAGUUUCUUCAGUAAGACUAUUGGGAAUCUCAUUGCAAGAAAAACGGAACAGGUGAUUGCAUUUUUGAGGAAAAAAGACAAAUUUAUUAGCCUGGUGCUAAAGCAUAUAGAUACAUCAGCAAUGAUGGACCUCCUGCUUCGUCUAAUCAGCUGUGUGGAGCCUGCAACUCUACGGCAGGAAGUACUGAAUUGGCUUAAUGAAGCAAAGAUUAUUCAGAGACUUGUGGAACUGAUCCAUUCAAGCCAGGAUGAGGACAGGCAAUCAAAUGCUUCCCAGACCCUGUGUGAUAUCAUAAGAUUGAGCAGAGACCAGAGCAAUCAACUCCAGGAUAUACCUGAGCCUGAUCCACUUCUCACAGCACUGGAAUCGCAGGAAUGUGUAGAGCAACUCCUGAAGAAUAUGUUUGAUGGAGAACAGACUGAAAAUUGCAUAGUGAAUGGAACACAAGUUCUUCUAACAUUGCUGGAAACAAGGCGCUCUGGGGUGGAAGGACUGAUGGACUCAUACACUCAGGGAUUUGAAAGGUCUUACACUGUCAAUAGCAGCAUCUUACAUGGUAUUGAACCAAGGCUAAAAGAUUUCCACCAGCUGCUGCUCAGCCCUCCCAAGAAAACAGCAAUCCUAACUACAAUUGGUGUCUUGGAGGAGCCACUGGGGAAUGCUCGUCUUCAUGGAUCUCGUCUAAUAGCUGCUCUGCUUCACACAAACACUCCCAGUAUUAAUCAGGAACUAUGCAGACUCAGUACCAUGAAUUUAUUACUUGACUUAUUUUUUAAAUACACAUGGAAUAACUUUUUGCAUUUCCAAGUGGAAUUGUCCAUAGCAGCUAUUCUCUCACACUCUGUGCAAGAGGGAAAAACUAUUACUAAUGACCUAGAAAGCAAAGAAGAGGUGCUGAAUGGAAAUGUGGCUACAGAGAACUUAGAGGCUCCAGAAAGCAAUACCGAGAAUAUCAUGGUUACUCAUCUGUUCCAGAAAUGCUGCCUAGUACAAAGGAUAUUGGAUGCCUGGGAAGCCAAUGACAAAAUACAGGCAGAAGGUGGAAUGAGGCGAGGCAAUAUGGGCCACCUCACCCGGAUAGCCAAUGCUGUAGUACAGAAUAUGGAGAAGGGCCCCAUGCAGACUCAAAUUAGUGAGUUCAUUAAAGAGCUACCUGAAGAUUGCAGAGGGAGAUGGGAGAGUUUUGUAGAAGAGACACUGACGGAAACAAACAGGAGGAAUACAGUGGAUUUGGUGAGCACUCACCAUCUGCACUCUUCCAGUGAGGAUGAAGACAUCGAGAGUGCUUUUCCCAAUGAACUUUCUCUCCAGCAGGCCUUCUCUGAGUACCAGAUCCAGCAGAUGACAGCUAACUUUGUGGAUCAGUUUGGCUUUAACGAUGAGGAGUUUGCAGACCAGGAUGAUAAUAUCAAUGCUCCCUUUGACAGGAUUGCAGAGAUAAACUUCAAUAUAGAUGCAGAUGAUGACAGUCCCAAUGCUUCCCUCUUUGAAGCCUGCUGCAAUGAGCGGAUCCAACAAUUUGAUGAUAAUGAGGAAGAAGAAGAUAUCUGGGAAGAGAAGGAGAUAACCUAUGCAACCCAAGUUAAAUCAAGAACACGAUUUGGAGCAUCUCAGACCUCAGAGAGUUCAUCAAAAAGUGAUCUUGAGAAUGGAGAUCAUGAUGGUAGUGUGGACUCCGAAGAAGAGGAGGAAACAGAACAGCAGCCGCCUCCUUCCUCAGCAAACAACAACAAGAAUAAUAUUUCUGAGCAGAAAGACUCUGACUCCUCUGAAGGAUCUGGAUGGACGGCUGUGUUUGAGCCCGUGAACUCGAAGCCCCCUGCACCCUGUGUUGCCAUGGAUGUUGGAUCGAGUGUAUGGGAUUCAGCAGCUCCAGAGAACACCACGCCAGAGGAGAAAGGAUGGGCAAAGUUUACAGACUUUCAGCCUUUCUGUUGCUCAGAAUCAGGUCCACGAUGCAGUUCUCCUGUCGAUACAGAAAGCAACGAUUCAGAUGGAAACCCGAAGCAGAGUCAGGACAAAAACUUCAGUGCUGCCUCUCCCUGUGUUUGGAACGUCUGUGUCACGAGGAAAGCGCCGCUGGUGGCCUCAGACAGCAGCUCCUCUGGAGGCUCUGACAGCGACGAGGAGGAGGAUAAAGCUGAUAUCGUCACAGAAACCAUCAGCACAGGCUCAGGCCAGGAAACCAUCAAGCUGACUAUGGAUGCUAAAAAUGAGAAGGCUGUUUUCACCAGAGUAUUUAGACCUGCAGUCAGAGGUGAUGCAGACUGCAUGGUUAUUGAUAAGCUGGCCAUCACUGACAUCGGAACAACAAAAGCAUCCAAACCCCUGAACAACGUGACCCAGCACUCAGAGGAGCACCAGAACACCGCUGCUGUUGUCACAGCUGUCACAGAAACGGCCACAAAAGACAGGAAAGAAGAAGUCUUGCCCUGUGCUGAAGCCACAUUAAAUGGCCCUGCUUGAUGAAACAGAUGCAAUGGGACGUGUGUGAUCCAGGCCAGGCUGCUACCUGGUGAUGCAAUUUGUCAAUUUUUUUUUUUUUUUCACUUUAAUUUUAUUUUUUAAUAAAUGCUGCAUUGAUGAGAGAGCUGGCAUUCAGGACCAGACAUGUAGUUUCAACACCAACAAUCUGUUCUGAAAGACACUUGCAUUGUCUAAAUGUAGCAUUGAUCAGUUAGUCAUCACAGGAAUGAUGGGGUUCUUCCCAAGCAAGCCUUCUGCCUAAUUUUAGUUCCUUGUCCCCUUCCCUCUCUCCCUUGUUUUUGUUUUGUAUUUGGGGUUCAGUCCUAUUUCCUUAGUGUUAUUGCACACAGUAUUCAGCUUCUCUUCAGAAAGGUAGCAGGUCUAACGCUGGGACUUGGACAGUGCACAAGAGUCCCGCAGUCGUGUGACCAAAGUUCCUGAUGGAGCUGUCUUUGGGCAGCAUUUGCACCGCUUUUGUAUAGCAAUAAAGCCUUAUCAGAAACAUUUCAUAGGAGGAAAAGAUGCAAACACUUUAAAUGGGAUGAAGCAGGGAGGGAUUUUAUUUUACAUUUUUGUGGGGUGGGAGGGAAGUCAUUGACAUUGUCCCAAGCCAGAGGCCAAGUAGCUAACUUGCUGUAAUGCUGAACUGUCUUGAGAAAUGGGAAGUCUCUUCAUUCCAGUGAAUUGCUCAGUGCUCUCUCCUCUGGAGACGUGACAGUUCACUGCAGGAUCUUGGGUCAGUUAGCAUUUGGUCUCCUCUGUCCGAGCCAUCAAAACUCAACUUCCCGGAUGUCAUCCUCCGUUGGCUGGAGAGUAUGCAAAGAAGGUAGCAUGUUGUUUGCCAGCUAAGAGGAUAAUGAUCCACUGGACUGCUGCCAUGCAGGAACAAGAGCAGAUAUGGCACAAACAGGUUAUCAGGUGUUUGCUGGCUUUUUGGAGACUAAUGUAUUUUCAAAUUAUUAUGGAAAUCCUUUUCUGUUUGUUUUGUUCUGUUUUUAAAGUUUUUAAUGGAUGCAGGAACAGCAACACUUUUGCACUUUGUACCUAGUGACAACAUUGGAGAGUGAAAUGGCCCCAGCACAGGACUCCUGCUGUUAGCCCCCAGGUAGUCGGUCAUGGAGAAGUUAGGGUGGGGGGGACACAUACCGCUGCCUUGGGAUGGUAGAGUAAAACAGUAUGGAGAAAUGGACUGCGCUUCAAACUGCCUGGGAGCAAGGUCAGUUGAAGGUGUGUACUUGACUCUGGAACACAGGAUCUUCUGCGUAGGCUGAAGGACCUACUCCUGUAAAGACUGUACCAGUUUCAGACACAGGUCUGCACUGAGUGGUGCUGGCCUCUGCGUUGAGCUUGUUCCCAGACCGGACUUGUGCACAUAGAUCAUACGGGUGUAGAUGUUGGGCCACUCGCAGAAGCAGGCUCGGGCUGGUAACAGCAGAUUGCCACGACCAGUGCUCCAGUGCUUAUGCUCUACCCCCGUAGUCUAGAUACAGAGCUGGGCCUGCUUUUGUGUGUAAGCUGUAUGCUGAAAUCCACCUGUCAAAUGGUAAAUGCCGCUUAUUUUAUUAGUCCAAGACCUAAGCUGGAAAAUCAUUCACUUUGGAAUAAAAGCAUGAAGCUUGACACAUAGGUAGCCAAAUAGCUUAUUUUCAGAUAUAUUCUCACUUGUGCAUAACGAGGGACUUUAUCCUGUGAGUAUUAAAAAGUACCUCACACAGAUCUGUUGUUAUGAGCAAAGGCAUCCUAGCCAGACUUCAGUCUUCUUAAAAAAUACUUUAUUUUUAACUGUGAUAUGUAUGUAGUGCAUAUUGAAUUUUCUUAACUGUAUUGAGAGCUGGUGUUGGGGGGGAGUGAGAUGAACAAAAUGUUUUCACUGUUAGAGUCAGUCUGUUCUGCUGGAUCAGUAUCCGACGGUGACAUACCCGCAGCACGAGGUUAUCUUUGUGUGCCCAAAGAUAACGUAUUUUCGUUUUUGCUCUUAGGGAGAAUUGAGGAUUUGCUUUGCUGGAAUACCAGAUACGGAGGUUGCAGUGCAGAAAGCAGGAUGAGAUUACUGUGUGCAUCUUGGAAGUUGUGUGCUAGGGUUGUGGGCCACUUGUAUGCUGCUGACAUAGCUGUGAUUUCUCUCAGCUGCAAUUACUGGGUAAGCAGGUGCUUUCGUGGCACAGUACUGUUGUUCUGGAAGCCUUCUCACUCACUCCUUGUAAUUUAAAAUAAUAAUUUAAAGUUACGUUGCGCUGGGAGGAAAAAUCUCACUUUCUGCUUUGGUUACGCUGCUUGCUAUUUGGAGAUCAGUCCCACCCUUAGCCAGGAUUAUCAGAAAUGAUUAGUGGUUUUGAGUUCCUAAUUGGAGACACAUUAAAGUCUUAAUUUUCAGAGGAUUGGUGCUAGAGUUUUUCUGAAAAUCAGGUUCUCUUCAGGCAUUCUUUAAACACUUAAAAAUGAUACUAUGAAAACUGAAAAAUCAUUCUUCUAAUACAUUAGUUCAACUUAUUCCAGCAGCUGGUUGAAGACCAUGAUUGGGCUUCAGUCCCAUUAAAUACCAGGUGGCAAUAGUUCUCUUCCAGUCUGUUCUCAUUCAUGGUUCUUGACUGUGGUGCUUGCAGGUUCCACCAUGCUGCAAUUAUGACCAAGUCCAUUUAGGAUCAAGAGAUUAAGGGGAAGUGUCCAUAGCAAGCACAAUUUGAUCAUCCUUCUGGCUUGAUACAUUUUCAGCCACCUUGUUGAACAGAUGAAUGAUCUUUGCGUUAGGUUACGUCAUAGACAGGGGUCACCUUACAUCACCUCAAUCCGUGCUGGCCGAUGUUGCAAGAAUACUGAUUAGCUGUACCCGCCUGAUCUGUUCAUGAUGCCUUGGUUUGGGGAGCAGUAACCUCCACCCGAAAAGUUAUACGGAACAGUUGGCAGCAAUAACAUCCUAAAAUGUUUGAGAUACACGCAAGGACGUGUCUGUGCCUUUCGUUGCAGACUCUGAACUUGUUCGUUAGCUUUUGGCUUUGAGUCAAUAAAUUUAAAUGAAAGCUUUAAUAAUAUAUUUAAACAUAUCCAGUAAGCAGAUCUAAAACCACAGUUUAGUUACUGGGGGACACAUUAUCUUAGUUUAUUAAUUUGAUUACUGGUGUCCAGUUACUUUUGUGAUAAGACAUUUUACCGGUAGUUAACUAGAUUUGUAGAAAUGCACAAGCUCUCUUCCUUUUGUGACAGUGAAUGAUUCCUCCACGUUUGGGAUUUAAGCUCUGAGUUAUACCUCAUCGCUCCUGUAGGAUUGGUCUUCACACCAGCCAACAAGCUCAUCUAGAAAAAGUUCCUCAUGCUUGGUAUGUUGGGGUUUGCAGUUCAGAACAGAUCCAGAGUCAGAUGAUGGUUUCCUUCCUGCCUGGCUCAAAUGAUUUUGUAGGUAAACCGUGCAUAAAUUUCUUUCUCUUUGUAAGUCUGAGCUUCCCGUCUAUCUGGAGUCACAGUGGAUGUGUUGAGGUUGGAGGGUCCCAUGCCUGUAGUCUAUGGCCUCUCUCAGUCCCUGUUGCUGUCUGAGCUUUCUUCCUCGCCGUCCCAGACUGCUGCCAGAUGCUCUGCAGGGCAGCUGGGUGCUCCGACUGCUUUCUCUUUUCAGGUGACUGUAAGGUACAGCAUGCAGUGACUUGACCAAGCCCUUUCCACAGGUCAGGCCAUGCCACAUGCAGUGCCAGCACUGUGUCUCCAUGGCGGUUGUUCAUGGUGGCAUCUCGGGGCACACUGACUGCGGGAGAGCUGCGUUACCUUCUCACCGAGUAAGCCCUGUGCUCUAGGGAAAGACUCUUACCCAAGGUUGUAGCGGGAUGUAUUGUCUACUGAAAAUGGAUUUACUUAACCCAGCUAUACCCUUUGAAAAACGCCUCAGCUUGCUUAGAUACUUGGUCAGAAAGCAGUGAAGGCUAAACAGAAGUUAUAUUCAGCACUGUCCUUCCUCAUUUAUGUGCAGUAUUUUGAAUCUGUCCAUAUCGAUAUGGUAUAUAUAAUUUUAGGUUUGAAUCUGUAUACUGAUGAGUGUGUAUAUAGAUAUAUAUUUGCAAUAUGUAUUAUUCCAUGUAUAUUUAUACACACACAGUUGGAUAUUGUGAGAAACCUGGUGAAGCAGACACUCAGAGCACAACGAGCCUAACUUUUAUAUCUAUGUACAGCUCCGUGAUCAAUAGCAAGUCAUCGAUUAAACAUUUGUUGUACAAGACCAAAACCAGCAAGGCAUACCUUACUGAGGGGAAAUGGUUCUGCUAGGAUAUUCUAGUUCAAGGAUUUUACCCAGCUCGGUGUUGAUACGGUGGAUUACAAGAGAGCAGCGGCUUGUCCAGUGAUCCCGCUGUUGCUGGCAUCCCUGCUGCUGCAGAGCCUUGCCCACGUGCUUUCAUGCUGGUGAGGAGGGGGCCUUUUGUGCACAAUUAGCAGUUAAAAAGUGAUCAGUUUAGCCAACACUAAAUAAUUCUUGAAUCAUAGCACAUUUAUCUUUGGCUGGUUGGACUGUGGGAAAAAUACGUUACUUGGGAUGAUGCAGCCGUUCAGGAGUCCUGCCAUCAUCACAUCAGAUGACUGUUUUCAGGCAUCCAAACUCCUGUGUUCAGUACCUGGGUAUUAAACUGUGGGGAGAGCACAGCUGUAGGGCUUGCAGUCAGAAAACCCUGUGCUGCAGAAAGAUCAAGCGUAACUAGUUUGGAGCCAUGGAGAUGUGAUCUGAUAGCAGAUAAAAACUCAAGUGGUAUGGAUUAAUUAUUUCUGUUGCUCACUACAGGCUUUUAAUGCUGGGUGCAGGGACGACAGCACUAUGAGCAGGCGGGUGGUUACGUACCCUCUUCAAACCAGGGGAGAUCGGGGGUUGGGUUCAUGGGCUUGUAUUCCCUUGCUGUCCCGAAUUGGUGAGGUCCUCUAAAAUUGUAUGCACCAACUUCAAAUUAAAGUUUAGGUGAGGUAGUCCUUUGAAGGAAAGUGAUCAAGGAACAUGAUUGUAGUUUAUUCAACAGUUUCACCAGUCUUCUAACAAAAUUUUCCCCCACACAAAUACAAUUUAUUGCUUCUUCUCUUGAGUCAUAACAAUUAUGCCAGACAAAAUCCCAGUUACUCUUCUGGGUAAUAGGUCCUCAGCAAAGCCUGAUAUAAAUUUUGUAAGCAUUCCAAGGCUUUGCUGCCCUUAUUGCUUUUUAGAGCGCUGCAGCUGGCAAGCAGAAUGGAAAAACAGUGGGUGCACAAAUUUAUUUAAAAAAAGAAGAAAAAGAAAAAAUAAAACAGCAAAAAACCCACAGUGUUCCCCUCAGCAUCUAUUCAAAAAGGUUCAGGCAUCCCAGUUUGCCAGUGGAAAGGUUUUAGGUAUGGUGCAGUGUGCCAGGUGGAUGAAAGUUAAGGGACAUUCCUAAAUAAUAUAUCUAAAGGAAGAAAAAUUUAAAAUGGCUUUAUUGUUGUCCACUGACAUCCCAAAAUCAUUCUUCCAAAAAUUAGCCAGUGAGCUGUAAUCGAAAUCAUUAUUUAUCAGUGGCAUAACUUAGAGCAAACCUUAGUGCCAGUCACUAAAGGUUUACACCACACUGCAUGCUCCUUAAUGCUUCAGUCUCUGCUAAAUCCUUCUAGCCACAAAGCGCCUUGAUUUCCCUCCUGCCCAGUUAGAGCUGUGCCUGAGAAUACAGCCUGGGGCUGUAGAGCCCUGGGCUAGGGCUUUUUGGUUGUUACACCUCUUUCUCUGCACUUCUUGUCUGACACUCUUAACUGUCUUCAGUAGUGUUUUCAUCAGUAUGUACUAGUAAGUUAUUUCUAGACUUCACCUUCCGUUGUGCUAAGCACUGUCUUAUUGCAAUGAUAAUCACAGUAAAGCUGAAAGAGCCUCAUUUUCUUCAGUUGUUCAGUUUAUCUGGUGGGGGAAACAGCUGCUGUAUGGCAGAGUCCCCUAAUUUCUGCAAAUGUUAAAGACCAAAGUGCUUUGCCAGUCGUGGUGGAAGAGGUGCCACAAAGUCUUGCAAGUACUGUGAUACUGACCAUGCAAUUUGAUGUCACCUGAGACUUCACGAGAGGAAAGUCCUGCAUCUUGGCUGCCAGAUUAAUUAUACUUGAUAAAUAAGAUCAUUCGAUAUUUUUGCAAUGUAAUACUUGACUUUUUUGAUGCCAUAUAGCAGCUCAUCUUGCAGUUUUCACUCAUUUAAAGAACAGGUUUUCUUCUCCUCUUGCUCUUCCCAAAGCAGUGAUCUCAGCCUGAAUCAUGUUCAGAAAUUAUAAACAAUUGAUUUUUUUGUUACCAGAGGUUUUGCUGUUGUUAGAACAAAAUGACAAAAUGAAACCUGCUGUUUACAAUGGGAUGCUAAUUUUCUUUGUUUCGUUUGUUGUUAGUUUUUUUUUACCUGGCAUCAGUUCUCUCUGGAAUCCUAUUCUGCCACGUACUCUGUUGUUCUGCAAGCAUCUGUAUCUCCGGUUGUAAGCUCUCACAAGGCAAGCAUAAUGCACCUACAUGCUCUUUUGCCAACCCCAGCUUUAAAAUAAAACAUUUUUAGGUGUUUCUUCCUGAAGGGAAACUCAAUUUCUGAAUCUCAUCCCAGUCCCUUCAUGUUAGGGGAGAGCACUCGGUGGGGGAAAACACUGAAAGGGUUGUGCAGUAUGAUGCAGGUUCAUGAUUUAGGAGCGUGGCUGUUGGCUUGUGGUGCAGGAGAGUUUUUCUCUGGUUUGGACAUCACAGGCCAUUAAAAACCAACCAAACAAACAGCUGAAAGAUACGCCCUUGUUCUGAGAAGAUCUUACAGCUUUCUGUUCAGAUUGCAUGGGAUGGGGGCUUUACUUCUGGAAAAAAAAAAAGUUGAUGCGUAGGAAAGAGGUGAAGAAGAAUGGAGAGCUGUACUUGGGUGUAUCCAUCUUCACAAGGUCGUGUCAUUCAGGGGCUUAAUAUUAAUUGGCUUAAACUAGGACAUGUUGCAUUGAGUACUGUACACGGAAAAUUCACAGAGGCCCCUAACUAAACUGAUGAUGCUGCACACUUCAGAGUGGUUUUAGAAAAGCUGUUCCUUUCAUUGCACAGUACAUUUCACAUUACUGUUAGCUUCUGGCUCCUUAACGCAUAUUGUGCUACUGCUUCUUUCUUUUCUAGUCUUGUCCUAAGUUGUGUGGUUUCUCUAACCAGGGUGUAAAAGGAUUUGUUUAAGCCUUGUUACUCAAACCACCACAUAAUCCAGAAUAUGGUUGUGUGUAAUAUGGUUAACGCUAGGCUUGCAAGGAUUUAGUUUUAUUUUCAAGAGCAACAUGGGCAGGGAAGAGCUGAAGGCGCUCUGAAAGCUAAUUAAACUAAAACCUUGGUUUUGGAGGCUAUCAAGUGUAUUGACAUUGAGUGCAGCAAUAUGUGUCUUUAAAAAAAAAUCUAGGGCUUAGGUGUUUAUUUGUAACUGUUCUCUAUUUGAUUCAAUAGCUAGCUAAUCAGGUUGCAACAGGAUUUUUUUUCCUUUGCUGAGAUUAAAUCUGAGUUUGUGGCGCUUUGCUAUUGCGAUAGGUGCCUCUUCUUUUUCAGAUCCAUCCCCUCACAGUCUGUGCAUUCCGAGCUCAAGUAGAGCACAGUUGUCUCUAGUGGAGCUGAAUACCUUGCUGCUGGCACAUGGCACAAGAGGGGAGAGCUCUGUGUUUUGGAAACGGGUGGUAUGGCCUUCAUAAGAUGGGCUAAGACUGACUUUAUGCAAGUGAUUUUUUUUUCCCCCUUUUCUUAAUAAAUGUGUUGUUUUGGCAGUUUUUGUUUUGUGGAUAGAAGAUACCUGCAUUGUUAGUUUCUCCAUCAAAGCAAGAAAACAUUAUUUGAGAAAAAAAGGGUCCCAAACUUGAGAACAACCCAAACCCACUUGUAGCUCGUUCAAUCUUAGAAAGAGACAUUUAGUAUUAAAUAUCAUGUCUUGGUAAGGUUGCACCAGUGUGUUCACUCAGUCAGAACAGAGUGCCAUAUCUCAGACUUGGGCAUUGUGAGCUCUAAGCACAGGAUUUCCAUUAUUACUAAAUUUUAAAAUAACUCGGGAUGAAGUUUGAAGUAAUAAUUUUACCUUUGCAUGACAACUUGCAAAAAAUAAAUCCUUCUGGUCAGGGGAACUGCGCGUUUUUAGUUUCAUUAUGGACAGUGCCUUAGCUUGGUCCCAGAAUUAUGCAUCGUUAAUUAUUUUUAUAGGUCUUAGGUAGCAGAAAUGGACACCUUAGAGGUACUUAAAGUAAUAGACCAUUUUUAAAAUUCAGUUCAGUGAAAGUUUAAGAUUCUUUGGCAAAUAGGUUUGAUACAAUUCCUGUUGAUUUCAUACUGGCUGAAGUUUCCAACUUUAUAGGGAAUGCUGUUUCAUUUGGGGCGAGAAAGCGAUUUUUAAUAAUGGUUUCCCUCCGUGGUAGCUGCUGAUAAAAUGCCAGCUGAUAGGAAGUUUCUAGUAAAUCUAAGCAGGCAUCUUAUGUGUACAUUCACUAUGAACUUUCUGACAAAUUUGAAUGGAGAAAAUAAACAAUUUGGCUCCUAUAUGCUAGCUUAUCUCAUCUAAAACUCACUUACCUCAUUACUAGAAGGGCAUUGUGGUGACCAGUCCAACCUCCCUGUUCAUUUUUGUACAAAAAUUAACUGUAUUUCCUAGUGACUGUUAUCUGUCACCUUUCACAACAUAAGUAUAAAAAUGUUAGUGAAAUAUGCCUAUAUGUAAAAUGUAUUUUUAUAUUUGAUGCUGAUCAGGAGAGAAGAAUCCUUUUUCUCUCCUUGAAGUUGGGGGGGCUUUUAUAAAGGACAGAUCCUUCCCCAUCUAUUUUUUAUUUUCUCAAAUUGUUUGGACAGAUGUAAACUAUUAAAAAUCUUUUCUCAUGUAAUUUUGAUGCUCGUAGCUAGUUUUUCUAGACCUUUCUAGGAAUUCUAGAAAUGCUGUAGAGGAUCUCCCACUGUUGGUGGAUUUUGAGUAAGCUUGUCUUCUGCGGUAAAGCUUGCCAUUGCUAGAUGCUUGCAAAAGUGUCUCCUAGGCUAGAUAAUUAAUGGAACUAAACUUGAAAUGUAAUUAACUACAGGCACAGCAAAUGUUAAUUGAAAACUUUUUUGUCGUGUACAGCGUGGAACUAUUUCUUGCUCCUUGGUAAGCCCAUGGAAAUCCUUUGCUGAAAUGGUGAACGUUGCGUCUGAGCCAGCCAGAGCUGGGUUGCCGGCGGUGAGGUCCUGGUCUUGCUCUGUCCUCCUUUAAGCACGUACUGGAGUGUAUGUAGCCAGGUCUCUUGGAUGCUGCAUCCGUGUGGGCUUUGAUGUACAAAAUAGGUAUUGAAGAAUCACCUGUGGUAGGUACUUCCUUGCACUGGAGGCUGUGCGAGAGGAGGGUUGUGCUCCUCUGUUGCCGGGAGCCCUGAGCUGGCACCGUGCUGGCAUGUUCCUCCAUGGUCCUUGUGUUCCAUGGUCCUCACCGCAUGGCAGUGACGUUGCACUGAAACCUUAACUCUUUUCCUGCUCAUCUCAUCUUCAGACUAAGGCUUAAACACCAAAUUGUGACUGACUUGCCAGGACAAUCUGGAAAAAUGGCUUUAUGCAGAAAAUCACCUCUUCUCCCCCGAGGUCAGACGACAUCCAUCUGUUGCACAGCGGUGUGUUCUCUCUGUCCGGGCUCUCUCUACGUAUCACCACCUCUCCAGGUGUGUCUGCUCAAAACAUUCAAAGGGCAAACAGGCAAAAUGGCUUCUGUUCUCAGUGGCACCUUACAGAGCAGGGACAGACCCUUUUUAGGGGAUUUGUCAGUUAUCUGAAACAUGCCGGUAUCAGUUAGGAUAACACAGGGCACUAAACUUGCCUUAAAGUGCAUUGAUCACACAUGUAAUUUAAAGUUCUGCAUUCUUACUCUUUCAGAAUCAAAUAACAUAAAGAAAACCAUUAAUUACCUCAUGCUGUAAAUUUAUGUAACAUAUGGAUCACGUGAAAAUAUGCAUGUUACAUGAAAACAUUAGAAGUUAAAAAAAAAGGAAGUAUUUAGCAAAUAACACAGUAAGUUGUAAUAGUUAAUUCAGUGUUCAGUUCCUAUAUAUCAUUUGAAAUAGAAGCAUUAUCUUUGUAAAGAAUAUCUUCGCAGUCGUUAUCAAAGCACAGUUUUCUUUUUGCCUGAGACUUUGAACAGACUUUUCUUUCUUUCUUUGUUUCUUAAAAUAAAUUGGCCAAAGCACAGGGUGGGAGAGUUCAAAGUACUGGGGACUCCUUUGUUUCCUUUCAGAAACUUCUCUUCAUGUGACACGUAUCCUAUUCAUUUGUAAUUAAUUGCCAUUUAUUGAACACAUCACUCCUGCUAUUUCCCUUGUAAACCUGUGAACAACUUCUCUCCCUCUGUCACUCUGUCUGCUGAAACUUUACCAAGAAAAGGCAUUUGUGCUCACUCAGAUACUGACCAGCUCCUAGCUGGGAUAGAGCCUGCCUUUUUUUUUUUUUUUGUUGUGUAACUUCAGUUUGUCUCGCUUCUCACACUUUCCUACUUCACCUUUUAUGGUACAAAUCCACCAGACCAUCCUUCCCUGGCCAGCCUUCCCCUGAAACUGUCUGCCACGGGGAUUGGGGGCAGAAUCGCAUCAUCUUGCGAGUACGUGUGUCGUCUUUCGUGCACGAGAUGCGUUUGUGGCAUCUAUGGUGGCCACUCUGAGGGGGGUCGGGAUCGCCCACUCCGCUGUGGCUGGGUCGGGUUCAUCUCCCCCGUUCCCACCCGGGACCCCAUCCUCGCCCCAACAGAGUUCGCCCUCUUUGCAUUCCAGCUGAUGACUGAGUGCCCUUGAAGGAGUGAGCUGUCUCUAGGGCAAAACAAUGAUCAGCAAUAAAAAUUCCAGAUAGAAAAGCACUAGUGCCUUUGUUUUAGUUCGGAAGGAGUAAUUUCUUCUCAUUCCAGCUUUGGAACCAAGUCGUGUUUCAUCUCCAGAUAGCCAGGAAACGGGGAAAGAGAACAUGAUGCGCAGAAGGAUCCCACGCUGUAAUAAUCAUAAUUUUCAAAUACCCCACUGUUGUUCCGAGUGCCUUAUAUCCAUCCAGAUCCCAACAAAAGGUAUUUUCAGUUCCUUGUGCUCUCCUUCCUCUUACGCUUCCCUGACCUCAUAGCUGCUUAUGCCACUUGGUAUAUCCCCCGGCGUGUGCCGCCGAGCUUCCCGGCUGUGGCCGUGUUUCCUGCACGGCAAGCUCCCGGCUGAGUCCAGCGAGGUCUUCUUCACCGGGGGCUGCAACAAGGACCCCUUCCCUCCCUUCCGUGGGCUUUUAUGUGGAGUCAGGGUGUGAAGAUGAUUUCAGGACCGUUACUGGUAGUGCAUGGGGAAUCAGGAGAUGUUGCAGCAUUGCUGUGCCUCCAUGCAAAAGGUUGGUGGGUUGCCUUUAAGGACAGGGCUAUGCAAGGAGAGCAGGCUCCUUUUUCUAAAGGAUAAUGGAGAUUAUGCGGUGGGGGCUAGUGCAGCAGGGCAUUUAACAUGGAGUAGUAAAGGUAAAUUUGAUGUACAUCCUACUGUCUUUUCAGAAUGUUUUAUUGAUGUCCAACUAAAAAAUGUACAUUGAAUUUGUCCUCCAGGUGUUAGAGAAACUAUCCUUAAAAGCGCCUAAGAAAUUGAUUAUACCUAAUUUUGUGUUUAAAUAUAAUAUUUAAUAUUAAAUAUUUUAUUAUUUAAUGAGUAAUUUAAAUUAAAACGUCCUUUGUCAAUAUGGGCAUGUAAAUAUUUUCCCCUUAUGAAAUAUAAAUAUUCCUCAUCUGAAUUUUGUUUUUUGAAUGAAAAGCAAUUUUUCUGCAAAACAGUCACUGAGAAAUACUUGAAAAGCUGCUGACAAGCUUUUCCCUUUUAUAAUUAUUCAUACUUUUAGUAGCAGCACGAUAUCAGUAUAACUGAAAAUAAUGGAAACAUUAAAACAUUCUGUGUUAAAUUGAUACCCGCUGAAAUUGGACCUCGCUCUGGCCAUUGAAUUCAUCGCAAGCCAGUUGUGCAGUUUGGGGCUGUAUUUAUGGAUCGUUGCCCUUUGGUGGGAUCCUGCAAAUCCGCAGCCUCUCAUGUCAAAGGAGACAGGUCAGGUCCUGAGCUGGCUUCGCCGUAAAUCACAGUUUCUAAAGGUGUACUAAGAUGAUGACUAAUAGGGGUACUAGGGGAGAUGAGAACAUGUAUUGACCUAAGCUGUUCUGUUGUGUCACUUGUUUGCAGGUUCUUAACUGGGUGGCAUUGGCAGGAGCUGUGCCAUUACUGGUGUCACUGGUGUGACACGGCUUGUCCUUGGGUGUUAGCUGGCCCGACCCGCGAGAAGCCUGGCAGCAGAAACCUUGCAGGCCUGUAAUUAUCCGUUCGUUAGUGCUAGGGUUAGGGGUCAUGAAGCAGUAAAAACCUGCUGCCUUUGUCCUGUGUUUUCCUGGUGCGGCGCUCGGUAGUAGAUGAGAUCCAGAGGCUUGUGCCGCUUCCCUGCCGACAGCUACAGCCGGAGGGAGCCGAGGGGUUUCCCUGCGUCGGGAAAUGCCUGGUGCUCGGCCGGGCUGGAGUUCCCCAGAGCCCACCGCGUCUUAGUGGAGCCGGAGCAGGCCAGGAGCCCUGGUGAUGGACGUAAUCUUGACUGCGGGGCAAAGGAACGUCCCCCUCCCCUGCAGGGUUUUAAUUGCAGAGGCUUCCGAAGCAGCGGCUUUGCGUAGGUCUGUAAUCCACCCUUAAAACCAGACCGUGAAACAAAGACAGCGGUUGGAGUUAGGCUUCCCCUGGGGUGGGCUGAGCUCGCUGGCUGGUUUGGGUCACAGGAGGUGCACGGAGAAAGCAGCACGACGUUUGUGUCGGUGCGGGCGCUGGAGGGAUGUCGGAGCAGCCUGGAGAGCUCACAGCCCAUCAGUGCAGACGGACUCACGGCCAAUUUGUAAAUAACACUUGACCUCCCCCACCCCACUUUGUAGAUAUUUUUACAGCAUCCAUCAGAGUGUUAAUUUUCCUGUUGGUUUCCUGUUUGGCUGAGGAUGUAAGCAACCCAAGACUUGUGGGCUUGGACCAUGAGAUGGAAGAGAACAGAGGAGACCUUGUGAUUAAAAGAAUUCUUGGAAUUUCACAAAAGAAAAUCAGUUCUUCUACCAGCCUUGUUGGUAAUUUAAAGAGCAGAUUUAGAAGUGAGAAAUAUACUUCCGUUUGCUUGCUGUGCCUGAAAUAUUUUACGUGUAUUUUUAUAAAUUCUCCUCAAAGUAUCAACUGUCUCUUCUGCUUGCAGAAGGUUGUGCCCAAUAAAAGAAAAGGCAGUUUUAUUUGCGAGGUGGAAGUUGCUGGGACAAGGGCUGCGCUGGCAGGCGGCUGCAGGACGGGCAGGAGCAGAUCCCAGGCAGGGUGAGGGUUUGGUGGAAGGAGCUGCUGGCUGGAGAGUGCUGGGUUUGUAAGUCCUCGGCUCUUUGUUCCCUUCUUCUGCUCUUCAUCUUCAGUUGUUAACGUAUAUAGGGACUAUUUAUAUAUAUAUAUAUAUAUAUAUAUUUUUAUAUAUAUAUAUAUAUAUUUCUAAAUUCACCUUAAACCUAUUUUUCUCAGAGCUUUUGGGUUUGCAUAUAACUUCUUGAUUAGUAAGUGUGCACCUUCUAAAACAGCUUAAUCAUUGGUACAAAUGAAAAGGUACUGGGCACACAGAGGAAGGGCAGGAUUUGCUGGGGACUCGCUUCCACUGGGCUGAGGCGUGAGAACAAAAUGACUUGUUACUGUUUUUUCAGUUCAAGAUAAAAUACUAUUUUAUACUUGUUGCCAUUUUCUCUAGAUAGGUAAAGCUGUGUUUUCAGACUGAAAAAAAAAAAAAAGUAACUGCUUAAGGGUGUUUUUCAUUUUGGCAUUUUUCUCAGUGAGGCUCAUGGAAAAGAAGGUUGUUGGUUUUUAACUUUCGUUCCUUGUCUGUUUCUGUCUUUGCCUUUUGUAUCCAAACCGGGUUUUGACAGUGUGUAAAAUUUAGAUGAGCAGCUUCAGUUGAAAUGUAAAGUUUUAUAGAAACCUUUUUCUUGAUCUGGUAUUUUGUAUACCUUUUCUUUAAUACAACCCAAGUACCGGCACUAGAUCAGUUUGGCAGUGCUUAAGACAGUCGUCUCAUAUAUAUAUAUGUGUGUGUGUGUACCUGUAUACAUGCAUACAUAUAUGUAUAUACAUGGAGUGGGUAAUAUGUAUUAUUGCACAUUAAAAUAUCCAUGGUUCUAAUGAUAUUUUUACUAUAGGGUGUGUCUGCUCAGACAAACAGAAACUUCCUUUUUAGGCUCUGAUUUUCCUAACUCGACAGGACACCAUCAUUUAACCAGUUAAUUUGCACUUAGCAUAUUUAAAGCAAUCAAAUAUUAAAUAUUCUUUGCCACCUUAUCUUGGUCCACGGUCUGUUGAAUUGGAGCUUCUGGAGUUGCUUCUCCGGGGCUUUUCCGUAACCUCCAUCGGUUUCUUUCCCGUUUGGCUGCAGUUUAGACUUGAGGCAAUUGGAAAUGUUUGGCUUUUUGACUGUUAGCACAAACCACUUAAAGGUCUGUCCACCCCAGAAAAUCCACCUUAGGCUAAAGGAUCCAAAAUGCUUGUUUAAACUAAAAACAAACCAAAACAGGUUUGGUUUUUGUUUUUUUAAAUAAUUCCUUAUCUCCAGGAGAACUGGGAAGCUGUAGUGACUGCAGCGAUGCCGGUCAGAGCCUGGGAGCUUGGCAUGUUCAUCCCAGCAUCUCCUAAAGGGAGCGGAGCUCUGGCCGGGGAGGGUGCGUGACCGUCCCGGGGCGCCCGCGGCCGUGCCCUGCUCCUGGGGUUUGCUCUUGGCUGCAGCCACUCAUUUCAGGAGAGGACCGUGGAGACGGCCACCUUUGCGGUCCCUGUGUCACAACCAAGGUAGAGCUCUACGGGGCCGUGGGGGAUGUGAGGUGAAACCUUCCUGGGCCCCUGAGAGCAGGAGAUCCUUUAAAUCCACUGGUCUGAGCUGGGGGAAGGCACUGCAGUGGGGAUGGGGCAUUAAUGUAUUUGAGAGCUGGCUUUUGCAGUGCUCGGUACCCAGGCGUGAGCCCAGAUUUUCAGCAUAGCUCUGCACCUGAUUUUUCUCUGCUCUUCUGAAAAUCCAGUCAUUUUGUUCCAGUGUCCCGAGAGCUGAGUUUCCCUGAAAAUCUGCCGAUGACCUGUAGAGCACUGUCGGGAAGUCCAGCUGCUGUGCUUCCCCGAGGAGUGGUUCGGGGGCAGGUUUUAUGUGCAGGCGCCCAGGUGGCCUGGCUGGAAAAGCAAGCGUUAGGGGCUGAAUCUAUGCCUUUUAAAAAAACCACAACCCAUCAAACGGUGGCCGAUAGGUAAGAUGCACUCUGUAUAGCAAUAAGAAACACUUGCCUGCAUAGACGGUGUCCUGGGGCUGUCGCAGUGGCCGUACCGGUAAUGGCUGAUGGAUGAGACCGUGGCUGGUGUGGGGAGGGAGGGUCCUCGGAGAGCCCUGGACCCCCGGGGCUCGAUGCCGGGGAAUGCGGAAAUCCCGUUCUAGCUUCAUGUGGCCUUUCCUCUAAACUGGGAAGGGGUGGCAAAGGCGGGGGGGUGCCCACCUGGGUUAAUUAAUUUAGUGCAAUGACAUAGGGGAGCCUUUUUUCUCAUGAUGCCUACUGCCCUUAAAUGUUGAAACCGGGUCUUUGUAAGCAAUGUCUGUGUAUCUAUGUGUAUAUAUGAGGGACAAAUUUUAAAUUACUGCCUUUUUUCCCUGUUUAUUUUUCUGAGUAAUUCCAGAUGUACUUUAGUCUCUCUACUGUCAAAACUUUUAUAUUGUAAAUCUGAUGCUGGUGGCUUUUGGUUAUUUUGGUUUUUGUUUUUGUAAAAAAGAAAAAAAAAAAAAAGAAGAAAGAAAAAAAAAGUCUGCAUCUCUCUAUGUUGUCAGUUUUAGGCUGUAAAUUCCAACUAUCAAUAAAAGUUCAAAAUUCA